CGAGAGGCUCUGCCUGCCUCCGCCAUCCCAGCUGGGGCCACAGUGCCUCUCCUGGGGGCACCCGUGCCCUGGCUGUGCCACUCCAUGUCCCUUGGCCGCACUCUGCCAGGGCAUCGUGCCCACGAUGCCCAGCGACCCGGCACCCCGCAGGGCUCCCCCAGCUGCCCGCGCCCCCAGGGGCUGCUCUCCGUCAUCCAGAGGCUGCGGGGCUCCCCGGGGCAGGAGCUCCGCAUCGUCCUGCUGGGGCUGGACAACGCGGGCAAGACCACGCUGCUGAAACGCCUGGCGUCCGAGGAGGUCACCACCAUCACCCCCACCCAGGGGUUCAACAUCAAGAGCGUCCAUUCGCACGGCUUCAAGCUGAACGUCUGGGACAUCGGGGGGCAGCGCUCCGUCCGCCCCUACUGGAGGAAGUACCUGGGCAGCACCGACCUGCUGAUUUAUGUCAUUGACAGCGCAGACCAGAAGCGCUUUGAGGAGACAGGACAGGAGCUGGCCGAGCUGACCGAGGACGAGUCUCUCACGGGGGUCCCGCUGCUGGUGUUUGCCAACAAGCAGGACCUGGUGACGGCAGCACCUGCGGCCGAAAUUGCGGAAGGCCUGAGCCUCCACACCUACCGGGACCGGGAAUGGCAGAUCCAGGCCUGCUCAGCCCUGUCCGGGGAAGGAGUGCAGGAUGGGAUGAACUGGAUUUCCAGCCAGAUCAUGAACAGGAAGAAGUGAGAGCUGUGAAGUGCCAGACUGGACUGAGCCGCGGGUCCCUAAGCCAUGGCCAACCGCCCUGGUCCCCACACUCCUCCCAAAGGCUUGACUGGGCCCUGAGCCUCAAACUCUUGCUCAGAUGGGUUUUCCAACCUAGUCUUUCACUGCUCGUCUGCCCACAUCACUCUGCGCACCCCAGAUAAAGAUGCAGCCGAACGGUGUGAACCCCUCCGUUCCUGCAGGAUGUGGCUGCUGCCUCCCCAGCCAGGGCGGCCAGGCAUUGGGACGGAUUGCCCGGGGAGGUGGUGGUGUCACCGUCCCUGGGGGUGUUCACGGAGAGGUUGGACGUGGUGCUUGGGGACAGGGUUUGGUGACAGUGGUGGUAUGGGGGUGGUUGGACCAGACGACCUUGGAGGGCUUUUCCAACCCUAAUGGUUCUGGGAUUCUAUGAGAAUGAUUCUGG